CAUAUUUGAGUUUGAAUAAGCUGAAUGUAAAAUGGAUUGCAAGAUUAAAGACGAUUUACAUGACAAAUGAUGUGUUAAUCGGUAUACUAAUUAUCAAAGCGAAAGGCUAAAGAAAGCACUCUUUUCUAUUUUUAAAAAGAAGUGCAAACAUGAGUUCUUGUCGUGAGGAUGGAGGAACCCAAAUUUGAAACUCACAAAUCUUUGGAUUAUGAAAAUUCAGUCUGUGCAUAUUUGGAAUUAGCAGUUGAAACCAAAGAAAAACCGAAGCUUGGCUGCCAAUCUUGGGGCGAAAGAAGACACAAGCUCGGGUUACUGUAAAUAUGUCUUUAUGCAUUACAGGUGAUUUGCAAGUAGAUUUGGCUGCUGUAUUUUUUAGCCUGACAAAGUGAUAGUAUCCAAUGCUUUGUACCAUGGUGGGGAUCACCAUUGUUUAGCAGUUAUCAGCAUAGAAGAGAGUUCUCAUGAAUGAUGGCUCGAGUCUGCAUGUCCUUAUAUCACUCCAUAUUUCCUAAAGCUAAUCGUGUGUCUAAUUUGUUACGUUCCAAUGGAAUUUCUGUCUUCCGAAGCAGCCAUUCUUGUACUGAUUUACCACCAAGUUUUUACAGUUGCAAUGAUUUAUUUUCUAACAUUCGCUAUAGUACUGGGUCAGAACCAGAGGAAAAGAAUAAUGUCUUAUGCAAUGUUCCAUUUUCCUGUUCAAAACAGUUUUUUCAAUCUUCCCCUGCCUGGGCCACUAUUAGGACUGGUGUGCAGCAUUAUCAGGUCAAAGGAACAAUUCCAUAUUACAAAUCUAUAUGCUUAUCAUCAUUUGGGUCAAAUAAAACUAUCCAUGUUUGUCGAACAUUCUCUUCCCGGGCUACAGACAAAUUAGAUGGGCUUUCAGCAGAAGUUUCAACUGCUUCCAAUGCCAAUGGAUCAACUACUGGUGAUGUGGUUGGGGAUGACUGGAUGGAUGUUGCAAAAAGUGCUUCAAAAUCUGUUAAGGAUGCAGUUAUGUACACAGGAACAAAGGCCAAGGAAACAUUGGAUGAACACAUGCCUGUUUUGCAGCAAUGGAUGGACUCUUCACCAUAUUUAAAAGAGACACUUAUUCCAGUCAGCUGGACGAUGUUGGCAUCAAUAUUAGCUUGGCUGGUAAUGCCAAGAGUGCUCCGUAGGAUGCAUCGGUAUACUGAACAAAGUUCCAUUAUAUUAUCUAUGGGGCGCCCAUCUCAGGAACGGGUGACUUAUGAGAAAAGUAUCUGGGGUGCUUUGGAGGAUCCUGUGCGGUAUCUCAUCACCUUUAUGGCAUUUUCACAGUUGGGCUUAAUUAUUGCACCAAGCACAGUUGCAGCACAAUACAUGCCUCAAAUAUGGAGAGGAGCUGCUGUUCUUUCAUUGGUUUGGUUUCUUCAGAGGUGGAAAAGCAAUGUGUUUUCUCGUUUUUCUGCUGCUGAGCAGAUUGCUGGCCUUGAUAAAGAAAAAUUCUCGGCUUUGGACAAACUCUCCUCUGUGGGCUUGUUUGUUCUGGGAGGAAUGGCAUUGGCUGAGGCUUGUGGUGUAGCUGUUCAGUCUAUCAUAACUGUUGGGGGAAUAGGAGGUGUUGCAACUGCAUUUGCAGCAAGGGAUAUCCUUGGAAAUAUGCUAACUGGGUUGGCCAUGCAAUUUUCUAAGCCCUUUUCAAUUGGAGACUCAAUCAAGGCUGGCUCAAUAGAAGGACAAGUGAUUGAAAUGGGGCUGACUUCUACAAUAAUGCUGAGCCCAGAUAAAUUUCCAGUGACUGUGCCAAAUUCAUUCUUUUCUAGCCAGGUAAUAAUCAACAAGUCACGUGCUACUUGGCGUGGUUUACUUGUUAAAGUCCCAGUUAAACUAGGAGAUUUUGAGAAGAUACCUCAGAUUACAGAAGAUAUCAAAGUCAUGCUAAAAAAUAACCCAAAUAUUUUCUUGGAAAGGGAUACUCCUUAUUGUUUUGUUUCACAACUUGGACCGUCAUUUUGGGAGAUAACUAUAAGCUGCAACAUCAAACCUAUGAGUAAAGGUGAAUUCUUUGCAGCUGAACAAGAUAUUCUAUUAGAAUCUGCACGGGUAGUCAAGAAAUGUGGUGCUGAACUCGGGAGCACAUAUACUUUAUAAAAAAAUAACAGCUUCAAAUGUUGUGGAAUUAUAAAUUUUGUUGGUUGUAGAGAGAGUACAGGCUCUGUGUCACAAUUAUGGGAGAAUAAAACCCCAAAAAAUGAAAAAAAAUCAUUAGCUACUGUUGAUGAUAAAACUAUUAAUUUUUUAAGACCAACAGUAUCCUCCUUUUCUGUAGCAUUUUAACCUGGUUUUUCUGUUCAGAUAUGUGCAGAAAAAUUCUUGCCAUCCUUCUGGUUCAUUUAGUUGUAAAACAUACUAAAAUUUGAUUGCAUGACAUUGAUGAUAUGGUUGGUGAGUUGUUAGAUGUAAUUAUUACUAUAUCCAACUAAAAUUUCAAAGUAGUUGUUUUA